GGUAAUUACGUCAUAAAAUGAACAUCAUUCUACAUGCCCAGAAAUUUUUCCUUCUAAACCUCUUUCUUUCGCUCCAAGCACGCUUUUUUCCCUCUUUAUUUUCCUUUACUUUCCCUCUAAUUUCUCUUUUCAUCGCUGAAAUAUUGUCCAUUCUCCAAUUUCCCCUCCAAUUUUUCUCUUUCUUCAGCUAUGUUGAUGUCCCGGAUGGUUUUGUCAGGAGCUUCGAGGAGCGUGGGUCGACGCUCCCUGCUUCUUCUUUCUCCUUCGCAGAAGCAGCAGCUAUUACCAAUCUUCUCCAAUCAAAUUGAUUCUCUGAUUAGUGAACAUUCAAAGCAGUUUGUACCAGGCCAAGUAUCUUUAUUUCAUCAUUCAGCAUUGAGUUCCUCUCCCUUUCAAAGAUUUGGAUUUACUUCAUCUGCAUCCCCUGAGACCAAUGAGAAGGAGGAGGGGAGCACUGCAGAGAAUAAUGGUGCUUCCAGAAAUGCUGAUGCAAAGCCUUCCAACAAGACAGAAGAUUCAGCUUCUGAAGAGAGCGAAAAAUCAGGUUGUAACUCGGAAUCCCAACCAACCAUGUCUCAAUCUGUCAAAAGAAGGAGAAGUGGUACUAAACGGACUGCAUUUUCUGAUUCAGAUUCUGAGGAUGACUUGUCAAUGGAUGAUUUGGUGAAGCUUGUGGCUGAAAAAGAAGAGCUUCUGAAACUGAAGCACAAGGAGAUUGAAAAAAUGCAAGACAAAGUUCUUCGCACUUAUGCAGAAAUGGAGAAUGUCAUGGAAAGGACAAAACGUGAAGCAGAGAACUCUAAAAAGUUUGCCGUACAGAAUUUUGCAAAGAGCCUACUAGAUGUUGCAGACAAUUUGGGAAGAGCUUCUGCAGUAGUCAAAGAUAGUUUUUCAAAAAUUGAUGCAUCUACCGACGCUACUGGGGCAGUACCGCUCCUUAAGACACUUUUGGAAGGAGUUGAAAUGACUGAGAAACAGCUUGCAGAUGUAUUUAAGAAAUUUGGCGUUGAAAAGUUUGAUCCAAUUAAUGAGCCAUUUGAUCCACAUAAGCAUUAUGCAGUAUUCCAGUUACCCGAUGCUUCUAAGCCCCCUGGCACAGUUGCAGCAGUUUUGAAGGCAGGAUAUGUUCUUUAUGAUCGUGUAAUUCGACCAGCUGAAGUUGGCGUUACAAUUGCAGUAGAUAAUGAUACAGAAUCAAGCAAUGAGGGUGGUAAUGCUUGAAUACAUCACUCAGGCUACAGAUAGAAGUUUUGAAUUUCCGGGAGAGAAAUGGAGUAUAGCGUUGUGGUGCCAAUAGGGUCUUCUACUUUUUGUCAUCUAGUAAACCAUUUUCUUUUCUCGAUCAUUUUUACUUAUCAGCCAGAAAAAAUUAUGCAACUAAAGGAUUAUAUUUUUUGUGACCGCAUAAAGCCAAUCAUUAAAGGGUUUGUAGCUCUUAACAUCUUCGAAUUGUUUUUCGCAGCAAAGAGGCAGACUUAUAUUAUUGUUUUAACUUUUUCCCCCA